AUGCGUUCUUUUUGCAGCUCGAAUCUCAACGACAUCUCGUCCCUCUUCACGCGUCCAGUGGUAACGACCGUAGCUCGGAUAUCGAUCUCACGGCCUGCGAAGGCCCGACGUGACGUCUGCUCUCAGCCGGAGGUUCGUCGCAAUAGCAGCGUCUACUCAAGGUCUCCAAAAGUGAACACACUCCCACAAUUUAAACGAGACGAUGAGCCCACUCGGCCAACACGGCCACCUCCUCGCCUAGCUGCGGCACCGAUAUCGAUUUCGCGGAUUGCUAAGGUGGGUGGCGGCGUAUGCACGGAGAAAUCAAAGCCACGACACCAACUGCCCCGGCUACCGUAUCCGAAAUCGAUUUCGCUGACUAAAAAGGUGAGAUUUCCAGCCUUAGGGCGAGUAGACCGCAUCUGCAAGUAA